AUGGCUCCCAAGAAGACCAGCACCAAGACCAUGAACAAGGGUAAGAAGCCCGUGACCAGCAAGGGCAAGGACAAGCCGCUUGCCAAGACAGCACCUAAAAAGAGCACGCCAAAGAAGGAAGAACCUUCGUCCAAGAGCUACAAAGAGCUGAUCGCGGAAGGACUCGCAGCUCUGAAGGAGCGCAAGGGUUCCAGCCGCCCUGCCCUCAAGAAGUUCAUCAAGGAGAACUACCCGAUCGUUGGGUCCACGAGCAAUUUUGACUUGUAUUUUAACAACGCUAUUAAGAAAGGUGUGGAAACCGGUGACUUUGAGCAGCCCAAGGGCCCCGCCGGAGCUUUGAAAUUGGCAAAGAAGAAGUCUCCAGAACCCAAGAAAGAGAAAGAAACCAGUCCAAAGCCCAAACAAUCUGCCACCGCCACUGCCUCUGCCACUGCCGCCGCCAUAACAACGCCAAAGGCGAAGACCGCGUCUAAGAAACAAGCGCCCAAAAAAGUAGUAAAGAAGAAGUCGUCGCCUACUGCCGCCAGCGCCAGUGCUGCCGCCAAGAAGGCGGCUUCCCCUUCUUCAUUGAGCUACAAAGAAAUGAUCUUAAAGAGCAUGCCUCAACUCAAUGACGGUAAGGGCUCCAGCCGUAUCGUCCUGAAGAAGUACGUUAAGGACACUUUUUCGUCCAAGUUGAAAACUAGCUCAAAUUUUGACUACCUCUUCAAUAGCGCUAUCAAGAAAUGUGUGGAAAAUGGUGAACUGGUGCAACCAAAGGGCCCCUCCGGCAUCAUCAAACUAAGCAAGAAAAAGGCUAAAAUAUCCACCUAA